UUCGAGAUCCUCAAAUACCCUGUUUCCUCGCACCCGGUCAACCCGCAAGCCAGGAGCGCUCGAGCCGUCUAGGAGCCGCCUGGGGACGUUUGCCCUGGGCCCCAACCUUGCCCAGGACAUCCUGGCGCGGUCACACGCAUGACACCAUGGGGCUGCCACUCCUGGUCCUGCUGCUCCUGCCAUGCUGCGUCUCUGGCCUGCCCUUCUACAAUGGCUUCUACUACUCCAACAGUCCCAACGGCUGGAACCUGGGCAACGGCCGUGGCGAAGGCAUCUUCAAUGGAGUGAAGCUGGUGGUAGAGACGCCUGAGGAGACCCUGUUCUCCUACCGAGGGGCCAACGUGACCCUGCCCUGCCGCUACCACUACGAGCCGGCCCUGGUCUCUCUGCGGCCCGUGCGCAUCAAAUGGUGGAAGCUGUCGGAGAAUGGGGCCCCAGAGCAGGAUGUGCUGGUGGCCAUCGGGCUGAGGCACCGCACCUUUGGAGACUACCAAGGCCGGGUGCACCUGCGGCGGGAGAGGGAGAAUGAAGUGUCGCUGGAGAUCAGGGACCUGCGGCUGGAGGACUAUGGGCGCUACCGCUGCGAGGUCAUUGAUGGGCUGGAGGAUGAGAGUGGCCUGGUGGAGCUGGAGCUGCGGGGUGUGGUCUUCCCUUACCAGCAUCCCCAAGGGCGCUACCAGUUCAGCUUCCAUGAGGCCCAGCGGGCCUGCGAGGAACAGGACGCGGUAGUGGCCUCCUUCGAGCAGCUGUUCCGGGCCUGGGAGGAGGGCCUGGACUGGUGCAAUGCAGGCUGGCUGCAGGACGCCUCGGUGCAGUACCCCAUCACGCAGGCCCGGCGCACCUGCGGUGGCCUGGGCCUGGCACCUGGCGUGCGCAACUACGGCCCGCGCCACCGCCGCCUGCACCGCUAUGACGUGUUCUGCUUUGCUGCUGCCCUCAGGGGGCAGGUGUACUACCUGGAGCACCCUGAGAAGCUGACACUGGCAGAGGCGAAGGAGGCCUGCCAGGAGGACGGCGCCCAGAUCGCCAAGGUGGGCCAGCUCUUUGCUGCUUGGAAGUUCCGUGGCCUGGACCGCUGCGACGCUGGCUGGCUGGCAGAUGGCAGUGCCCGCUACCCUGUGGCUCACCCACGUCCCAACUGUGGGUCCCUGGAGCCUGGGGUCCGAAGCUUCGGCUUCCCAGACCCACACAGCCGCAAGUAUGGUGUCUAUUGCUACUGGCCGCGCUAGCGCCCGUGCCCCAGCUUGGUACCCACAUCUGCCCCCUCCCCUCGCGGGCUGUAUUUAUUGAGUAGUUCAUUUUCCCUUGCAGGCUGGGGCAAGUUUCAUUUUUUCUUAUACUUUUCAACUUAAAAAUUUUUUUUAAAUACUGUUUUUUUUUUGUAAAUCCCAUAGAUCCCAAAUCUUCCCUUUACUCAGGUAGACACCCCAAGGCUCUCCUCCUCUAGGAAUCCUCCUGCCUCCCUCCUCCGGGAAGUUUGUGGUUCAUGGGGUCAUGAGGGCUCUCUGCUAUCGCUUAGUUCAGCCUCUCUCCCUGGCCUGGGGAGGCUGGUGCCCAGAGCUGGCAGUGGCACGAGAUGCCAUGGCAUGGUGGCUGUGACCCUCCCUCCAUCUCAGCUUGUGGGGGGGAGGGGGCAUCCAGGCUCUGGAGCUGGGCUUUGGGCCUUGCAGCCUCCUGCCCGCUCGUACUUCUUUGGGAAGCAGCUGGCCCGCAUCAGUGUGGCGGAGGAGCUAGGGCUGGAAGUGGGUCCCUGGGCUUUUGUGUGACAUCCCAGGGAAGAGAGUAAUUUUCCUCCUCAUUUUUUUCUUCUCUCUUGGUUCCAAAGAGUCUGUAUUUUAUUCUCAUUUUUCCCUGUUUGGGGAGUGGCCCUCAGGUGUGUGUACUUUCUUUGGACAAUAAAUGGUGCUGUGACCCCUUCCUCCGUUCCGA